AUGAGCGCGAAGCUUGCCAAAUUAGACGCUUACUGGGCUGCGAGAAACGCAGGAUACCCCAUUCUUAUCAAUGGUGGUCAGGAUAGACCCUCACGGGAAAUAUUGAUCCAAACAUGGCGGCUGUCGGUCAAUCUUCCUCGUGCGGCAUUGCGAAUGGUCAGCCAGGGAAUCGCAUAUCUUUUAAUGAUUGCGGUGAUGACGAUGAAUGUUGGAUUCUUCUUUGCAGUGCUUGUCGGGUAUUUUGUCGGUGAACUCAUUUUUGGUCGAGUCAGUUGGGCUGAUCAUGGGAGUUAA